AACAUCAUUGACAUCUACAAGCAGGAGUCCUCCAGGCCGCUGCACACGAAAGCGGAGCCACAGCUGAUGUGCGAGGAGCACGAGGAGGAGCACAUCAACAUCUACUGCCUGAGCUGCGAGGUGCCCACCUGCUCCCUCUGCAAGGUCUUUGGUGCCCACAAGGACUGCGAGGUCGCGCCCCUGCCUGCUGUCUACAAGCGCCAGAAGAGUGAACUGAGCGAUGGUAUCGCUAUGCUGGUGGCGGGGAAUGACCGAAUCCAAGCCAUUGUCACGCAGAUGGAAGAGAUCUGCCAUGCCAUCGAGGACAACAGCCGGCGGCAGAAGCAGCAUCUGAGUCAGCGUUUUGAUGGGUUGUGCGGGGUCCUGGAGGAGCGCAAGGCUGAGCUGCUGCAGGCUGUGGGGCGGGAGCAGGACGGGAAAGUGCAGCGCGUGCGUGAGCUCAUCCGCCAGUACGGUGACCAUCUGGAGACCUCCUCCAAGCUGGUGGAGUCAGCCAUCCAGUCCAUGGAGGAGCCGCAGAUGGUCCUUCCUCCACAGCAAUCCAAGGAGCUGAUCAAGAAGAUCAUGGACAUGUCCAAGAUUUCAUUGAGCAGCCGCCCAGAGCCUGGCUAUGAGAGCAUGGACCACUUCUCCAUCAAUGUGGACCAUGUGGCCGAGAUGCUCAGGACCAUCGACUUCCAGACAGACCCAGUGGGCGAGGACGAGGCUGAGGGGCCCUUGGGCCUGGAUGGUGGUGAAGUGGCAAGUGAGGAGCAGCGACUGGAUGGAUCGGAUGGACCGGAGGGGCCAGAAGAUGCGGGACCCAGGCAGAAGCCAGCAAGCUCCCGGCAUGGCCAGCACUGAGCUUGUUGCGGCAGUACAGGGGGUUGUGGAGCUGCCAGCCCAUGAGCGUGAACCCAGACCUGGCAUCUCCAGCCGUGGACCCUACCCUGCUCACUACUGCGCCCUCCUGCUCCUCCAUCCCUCCCCGCACUUUUUUUAUAGUUCAUGAACCUUGGAGUUGGCACGGUCGCCUGUUCAUUUAUUAAACACAUGUGU